AUGAGUUGCUUUUCAUGUUUUUCAUCAAGUAAAGCAGCCAAACCUUCUAACAAUGGAAAAAGGAUGCCACAGCCUACUUGUCAUUCUCCCAAAGAAUCAGCUCAGUCACUACCAGAGAAUCACAAUUACAAGGCAAAGACAAACCAUCAAACAGAACCUAAAAUAGAGGAGGUCAAAAAAGAUAAAGAGAACAACAACAUUGCUGCUCAAACUUUCACCUUCAGGGAAUUGGCUAAUAUCACAAAGAACUUCAGGCAAGAAUGCCUAAUAGGAGAAGGUGGUUUUGGGAGGGUAUACAAAGGAAAACUUGAAAAAACCAACCAGGAAGUAGCUGUGAAGCAACUUGACAGGAAUGGAUUACAAGGGAACAGAGAAUUUCUUGUUGAAGUUUUAAUGUUGAGUCUUUUGCACCAUAAAAAUCUAGUGAAUCUAAUUGGAUAUUGUGCUGAUGGAGAUCAAAGAUUAUUGGUCUAUGAGUACAUGCCAUUGGGAUCCCUUGAGGAUCAUCUUCUUGAUCUUGAACCACGACAAAAGCCUCUAGAAUGGUUCCAUAGAAUGAAAAUAGCUUUGGAUGCUGCAAAAGGUCUAGAAUAUUUGCAUGACAAAGCGAAUCCUCCAGUGAUCUACCGUGACUUGAAAUCAUCAAACAUCUUAUUAGACAGAGAAUUCAAUGCAAAACUGUCUGAUUUUGGACUUGCAAAGUUGGGUCCUACGGGAGACAAAUCUCAUGUAUCUUCAAGAGUAAUGGGUACUUAUGGAUACUGUGCUCCUGAGUAUCAAAGAACUGGUAAACUAACUGUACAAUCAGAUGUAUACAGCUUUGGAGUUGUUAUGCUUGAAUUGAUCACCGGAAGGAGAGCCAUCGAUAACACAAGAAAACCACAUGAGCAAAAUCUCGUUAAUUGGGCAGAACCAAUAUUCAAGGAGCCAAACAGGUACUCAGAAUUGGCAGACCCAGUUCUUGAAGGAAAGUUUCCAGUGAGAUCCUUGAAUCAAGCAGUGGCAAUAGCAGCCAUGUGUUUGAACGAGGAGCCAUCAGUGAGACCUUUGAUCAGUGAUGUUGUGACUGCCCUUAGUUUUCUUGGGACAAUCCCAAAGGGUGAAGAAGACCUACCAGGAGCAUCUCCUGUUGACGACCCUCAACAACCCACCAAUGCUUCUUCCAAUCUUCUUGAUCAAGAUCUCGCUGCCAUGGAACGCCAAAGAGCAGUUGCUGAAGCCAUCGAAUGGGGCAACAAUUCUAGGAACAAAGCACCGCACCGUCAAACUCCUCCAUCUUUGUAAAUCCACUGCAAUUAUAUUCACAUCAUUUCACUCUACUAUGUAUAUAACUAUAUAUAUACACCUAAAUCUCCAAGCACAAAAGGAUCUCAUCGCUCAGAACUCCAACGCUGCUUCUACAACACUGCAAGACUUAGUUGGUGUUGUUGUAUGAUCCAUGGCUCCUAUUCCUAUAUAAACUUUUGAACGCUGGUAUCAUCUA